CCCUUUUGGUCAAACAAUAAUCUGCCGUGCCGAUUUGGGCUUUGAAAGAACACCUUGGUUGACGUACCGUCUCUUCUAUAUUCUUUGUACUUUCAGAAUUCAGAUCCUGGACAUGAGACACAGACUCAAUCAUUUGUUAGCAGUGAACUUAGUUCAAACCCAGAACAAGGAGAACACCCUCAAAUGCUAAGAGAAUGGCAAGCUGUGCAGUUCGCGGUGGCUGUGUCAGCGACUACAUAGCCGUCACUAUUUCUGCCAUUUGCUUCAUUCUGCUUGUUUCUCGAUUAAUUUUUCCCUUUGUGGUUCACAAACUUCCUUGUGCAAAGCGUAGUGGCUUUUGGAUUCCAGUGAUUCAAGUUUACGCCAGCUUCAACCUUGUGUUGUCAAUUUUGAUGUCUGUCAAUGUCCUGAAAUAUGAAAAGAGACAUUGGUGGCAGUCUUGCUAUAUGUGGGCAGUCUGGAUUGAAGCUCCCCUUGGCUUUGGUUUGCUACUGAGUUGCCGCAUAUCACAGGCCUUUCAAUUAUAUUACAUCUUUGUAAAGAGGUGUCUGCCACCAAUCAGAUCAUACGUUUUCCUUCCACUAAUUCUCUUGCCAUGGAUUGCUGGAUCCGCAUUUAUCCAUAUCUCAAAACCUCUAAAUAAUCGGUGCCACAUGGGAGCUCCGUGGAUCAUCCCGUCUAUGUCCCUUCAUGCAACAUAUGUUGCCAUUUUGGUUGCUUUCACUUGUGCUAUUCGGCAUAUAGAGUUCAGGUUUGAUGAACUUAGAGACCUCUGGCAGGGAAUACUUGUCUCGGCCUCUUCUAUCGGAGUAUGGGUGGUUGCAUACAUUUUGAAUGAAAUUCAUGAAGAGAUCUCAUGGCUGCAAGUUGCCUCCAGAUUUGUGCUCUUAGUAACAACGAGCAUACUUGUAUUAACUUUCUUUUCAAUAUCAAGUUCACAACCUCUUCUGUCGCAAAUCAGCUUGAGGAAAAGGGAACCCCUAGCAUUUGAGUCAAUGGGUCAGGCUCUGGGAAUCCCUGACAGCGGACUGUUAGUGCAAAGAGAACCAGUAUGUGUGGUAGAUCCUAAAGAACCACUUGAUAAACUUCUUCUCAACAAAAGAUUCCGCCAGUCAUUCAUGGCAUUUGCAGACAGUUGUUUGGCAGGGGAGAGUGUCCAUUUUUUUGAGGAAGUGCUUGAACUAGGUAAAAUACCUGUGGAUGACCCUGUAAGAAGAAUUUACAUGACACGGCAUAUUAUUGACACGUACAUAAUUGCAGGGGCCACAAUGGAGGUGAAUAUUUCUCACAGAACCAGACAAAAGAUUUUGACCACUUCCAAUUUGGCACAACCAAAUAUUUUCAAUGAUGCAUUAACUGAGCUGACACACCUGAUGAAAAUGAACUUGGCAAGAGACUACUGGUCAUCUAUGUUCUUCAUGAAGUUCAAAGAAGAAGCAAGUAUGAGAUCUGGGGCCCAUGAACUGGAACAGAUGAGAAGUUGGAACUACUCUCCUAGGUUGAGUUCUGUACAUGGUGCUGAUGAUCCAUUUCACCAAGAACAAGAACCAUUUGCAGUUUGAUUAUGCAAUACUCAAUACCACGAUGAUGAACCAAGAUUUAUGUGUAAAGUCAUAUGACUGGUAAAUAUUUUCAUACAAAGCCAUCAUUUAUAUUCAUAUCAUUAAAUGUAGCUUACCUCCCCACUUCUGUACAGAGAUGCAUUUUUCAUAAUUAUAAAAUGAAGAAAAAUAAACAAAAGUCUACUAUUUUGCCUA